AUCAGGCAUCUGUUUACAAAGAGUUUUUACCGCAUGUUUCCCGAGUGAUCUUAUGAACUUAAACACAUUCAAAGCAAUGGAGACCGGUUUUCAGUUGGGAAUUUACAGUAAUUAUGAAGACUUGUAUCGCGCUUUUGGAGAGUUCACCAAAGAUGCGGACAGUUAUUUAACUUACGAAGCCUUCCUUGCCGGUAUUUGCGCAAUGAAUCCGACGACACCACAUGGUGGCGUCCCAGCCGAGUUGCGAUGCCGUUUCAUGUUCCGCUAUUACGACAAGAACAGCGACAGGAUUCUUAGUGCGGAAGAAUUCAAAAGUCUUUUGCGCGAUUUGAGACAGUCCCGGGGAUUGCCACCAGAUGAAAAUGCUACGGAGGCAGAAUGUCGAAGUGCCAUGAGUGUUUUUGACCUGCAAGACGGAAGUGAUAUUCCGCUGGAUAACUUUCUUAAUGCUGUGGGUCACCUGCGAUUUCGAGGAACAUCGUCAUUGUUGCGUUUUCAAGCUCCAGUCAGAUCGCGUAGAAGUGACAUGGAUGUUGUUAAUGUUGAGAGUGUGAGUCGCAAACGAACGCUAACCGGAAGUUUUCCGAUCACCGCAGCUGUUUCAGUAUCUUCUGCCGAUCUCAAUGCCAACUCGAAAAUUAAAUUACGUGAUUCCAGUGAUGACCACGAACCAUAUGAGUUAGCCAUGCACUCCGUGAAAGUUCGUCGUUCUGGUGUUUUGGGUGAUAUUCAGACUUUAUGGGACAUGGAAGGGGCCAAUACGCUUUCGGCGGGCAUUACCAACAGUGAUCAACAGUUUAAACUGAAUCUUUGUCGUAUGAACUCGCUUGUUUCAUUCAACAUGCGGAACAGCAGCAACGAAAUGAUCAACGGCUUACGGUACUUUGAAAGAGAAAUUACGACUGAAGACGUGGUGCACAACAAAAUAGCAAAAUCCAUUAAGCCCGCUUUUGACUGGGGUGCAACGUCUUUGGAAAAAUUCGCUGAAUGCCUGUUCGAGAUUUGCAAAUCACUGAAACCCAUUCUCCAGAAAGAACCUCGUUUAUUACGUUUAAGGGCUCCUGUUUACGUAUUAGGGGAUAUUCAUGGCAACUACAGCGAUCUGAUGAGCUUCGAAAAAGUGUUGUGGCGUAUGGGGCCGGUUUUGACCCCGGCGUCCUUUUUAUUUCUCGGUGAUUAUGUGGAUCGCGGGGCUUUUGGUAUUGAAGUGGUAGCGUACUUAUUUGCCCAGAAGUUUCUCGCUCCAGAUCGGAUAUGGCUGCUUCGUGGUAACCAUGAGCUACGGAAUGUGCAAAAAAAUUUUACAUUCUACGAUGAAUGCAAGAAAAAGUUUGGCGAUGCUGUGGGAGAAAAGGUGUGGAAUGCUGUCAAUGAUAUUUUUGACUACUUGCCACUUGCGGCUGUGAUUGACGAUGAGAUCUUCUGUGUACACGGUGGAGUACCGCACCGUAGAUUUCUCAGUGGAACAAUCGAAAGCAUAAAUGAGAUUCCAAAACCCCUUAGAAUCGAAACGGAAAGUCAGCUAGCAUGGGAGCUGAUGUGGAAUGAUCCUAUUGGAACGGAACGAAUCACUCCAGAGAUGGAUCGCUUGCUGCAUUCAGACUUUGGGUUUGCCGACAAUAAUCGACGAGGUACCGGACACUUUUUCUCCUUUCAAGCAUUGGAUGCCUUUCUUAAGACUAAUGGAUUGUCACAUGUUAUUCGUGCUCACGAAAUGAAGCAAGCUGGCUUUCAGAUUCAGCAAGAUGGUCGCCUGCUCACCGUAUUUUCGUCCUCUGGCUAUUGUAACAACUCCAACGAGGCUGCGUGCAUCUUAGUCGACCGACGCCGGUUGAGAACUAUUCGUUUGGAUACCUCAUGAUUGUCUGGCAGUCCAUUUCGUAUGCUGGCAGGGUUUGUUUUGGAUUUAAGUACUUACUUGAAAAUUUGGUUUGCUGUAAACAGCUUUGUUCAGGCUGUCGGUUAUUGCUUGCGUUACUUUUUUACUCGUACGAUAUGCCUGUUGCUGGUGAAAUUAUAAGCACACUGGAAAGUUUGCUUUCAGUUGUGUUCCACUGCACAUUUUGUAUAGUCUUUCGAGAAAAUAUUGUUAGGGAUAAACACACUUUUGAGUA